GCCAGCCUGCUAACGUAGUUAGCUUGUUCUCUUAGCUUAGCGGUGCUGCUAUGGGAGGCUGAUGGAGCCCAGGCUCGGGGGUGUUCAGGUUGGCUGCGAAAACAUUUCUGUCCCACUGGGUGUUUUUCACUGCCUGGACAAGGAGGAGUUAUAAUUGUACUCCUGCUCGCACGGAAGCGCGGAGUGAAGUCCAAACGGAAAAAAUAUAUAUGUAUAUAUAUAUAUAUGUAUAUAUAAUAUAUAUUUACAUAUGAAAUCCUUUAUUUAUCCAUCUUGGUCAAAUCCCUCAGCGCUCCAGAAAACAUCAGCAGUAACCGUAACAACAUCCGCGUUAUUGACCGCUGCUGCUGCUGCUCACUGAUUCCGGAAAGGAUGAGUACUUUACAUUAAACUAGCUUACUUUGUUACAGUCAGCAUUUGUGGCAGCUAAUAUACUGAAUAAGUGAACUUGUAGGAUAAAACGGGUUAAACGCCAGCCUCGCUCAUGAUAGACUAGUCAGUUGUUUAUGCUUUUUUUUUAAUUAUUAUUUAAAAUGGCUGCUGAGAGGACUCUGAAGUACAGCUGAUUCUGUUUAAAGAUGCUCUGGAUUAUUGGAAGGCCAUGUGUGUGACUUUGAGGAUUGGUGCAGUAUUGAGGACUUUUCCAGCAGGAGGUAACGCUGGCUAACGCAGGAAAAAUCCAGCCUCUUGAUCAGGAAGAAAAACAACAAUGAGGCAAAACCGUCAGCUUGGGCUUUUCUCUACAGAGAUGUGCUGAGCGGAUCAUGUGUUACUGAAGCCUGCCUGGAUCCUCUCCACUAAUUGAAACAGUCUGGAAGAGAGAGAGAGAGAGAGAGAAAGAGAGCGAGAGAAGGGCCUCGUUAUAAUCCUGCAGACAUGGAUGGGAGGAAAACGCAGAGGACUGAGCUGUGUUGUCUCAGACACAUCACUGGUUCCCGGGUUGGGCUGCAGGGCAUGAACAGAUACCUGGUGCUUUGUGCGAUGGUGGGCCUCGUGCUGGCUACAGACGCGUCUCCGUCAAAAACCUGCGACAAAAACUGCCUGUCUGGGAAAUGCGUGAACGGAUCGUGUGUGUGUGAUCGAGGAUGGGUUGGGGAUCAGUGUCAGCACUGCCACGGCAGGUUCAAGUUGACGGAUCCAUCAGGGUACCUGACAGAUGGCCCCAUCAACUACAAGUACAAAACCAAAUGCACCUGGCUGAUUGAGGGCUACCCGAACGCUGUGCUGAGGUUGCGUUUUAACCACUUCGCGACCGAAUGUAGCUGGGACCACAUGUACGUCUAUGACGGAGACUCCAUUUACGCUCCUUUAGUUGCUGUGUUCAGUGGUCUGAUUGUGCCAGAGGUUCCGGGGAAUGAGACCGUCCCUGAGGUGGAGACCAACUCUGGCUACGCGCUCCUGCACUUUUUCAGUGACGCAGCCUACAACCUGACUGGAUUUGAGAUCUUUUACUCGAUUAACUCAUGCCCGAAUAACUGCUCGGGCCAUGGCAAGUGCACCACCUCUAACUCCAUAGCGAGCAGAGUGUACUGUGAGUGUGAUAAAUACUGGAAGGGAAAAGCGUGUGACAUACCUUACUGCAGGAACAACUGUGGCAGCCCAGACCAUGGCUACUGCGACCUCACUGGGGAAAAGCUGUGUGUAUGCAAUGACAGCUGGCAAGGUCCGGAUUGCUCCCUCUCUGUGCCCUCCACUGAGUCAUACUGGGUCAUGCCCACAGUGAAGCCUUUUGGUACAUCACUAGGCAGGGCAUCCCAUAAGGCAGUAGUUCAGGAGAAGGUCAUGUGGGUUGUUGGUGGCUACGCGUUUAACUAUAGCAACUUCCAGAUGAUUCUAAAUUAUAAUCUGGAUAGUGGCACCUGGAACACUGUGGCUAGCAGUAGUGGGCCUGUGUCGAGAUACGGCCACUCUCUCGCACACUAUCAGGAUAAACUCUACAUGUUCGGGGGAAAGUUGGAGAUGGGCUCGGGUAAUGUAACAGACGAAUUGUGGGUGUUUAAUAUGCAGAGUAAGUCAUGGGCUCAGCAGUCUCCAAGCACGCCGGCACAUGGUCAGGUCUACGCGGUGGAGGGUCAUUCUGCACACAUAGCCGAACUGGACACAGGAGACGUGGUAAUGGUGGUCAUCUUCGGCUACUCCUCCAUCUACAGCUACAUCAGCAACGUGCAGGAGUACAACAUCAAAACAAACACAUGGCUGGUUCCUGAGACGAGAGGAGCCACAGUUCAGGGGGGCUACGGCCACAGCAGCGUGUAUGACGCCGGCAGCAAGAGUGUGUAUGUCCACGGAGGCUACAAGUCCCUGCCUGCUAAUAAGUAUAGCCUUGUGGAUGACCUGUACCGUUAUGAGGUGCACACUCGUAUCUGGACUAUUCUGAAGGAGAGCAGUUACCCACGCUACCUCCACUCGGCAGUGCUGCUGGGAGGAACUCUGCUCAUCUUUGGAGGAAACACUCAUAAUGAUACGUCACUAAGCAAUGGUGCUAAGUGCUUCUCUGCUGACUUCCUGGCCUAUGAUAUUGCGUGUGAUGAGUGGAAGGUCCUCCCCAGACCAAACCUGCACAGAGAUGUUAAUCGUUUCGGCCACACUGCUGUCACCAGUAAUGGGUCUAUGUACGUGUUUGGUGGAUUCUCCAGUGUGCUGCUGAAUGAUGUGCUGAUCUACAGGCCGCCCAGCUGUGAGGCGUUUGUGGGGCAGGUGCGAUGUGAGGCUGCAGGUCCAGGGGUGCGCUGUGUUUGGAGACAGAACCGCUGUCUCUCUUGGGAGCCCAAUUUUUCCACAAGCACACCUGCAACCUUCUGCCCUGCCAAGCCUGCAACCAUGGAUGAGAGAUGUCACCGCUUCUCUGACUGCACCAGUUGUAGUGCAAACACUAAUGGCUGUCAGUGGUGUGAUGACAAGAAAUGCAUCUCAGCCCUCAGCAAUUGCACUGCAAGUGUGAGAAACUUCACCAAGUGCUCCAUCAGAAAUGAGCAGAUCUGCAGCAAGCUGGCCAACUGCAAGAGCUGCACCUUAAACCUUAACUGCCAGUGGGAUCACCAGCAACAUGAGUGUCAUGCGCUCCCUGCCAAGUUGUGUGGAGAAGGGUGGAGCCAAGUGGGCGAGGCCUGCCUGCGCAUUAACUCAAGCCGAGAGAGCUACGACAACGCCCGGCACUACUGCAAGAACCUGGGUGGCAUCAUCGCCUCUCUUUCUACUGCCAAGCAAGUCGAUUUUGUUCUUGGAGAACUACAGAAGUACCAGCAACAGGAGAAGAAGCUGUUCCCCUGGGUGGGCCUAAGGAAGAUUAACGUGUCCUACUGGGGCUGGGAGGACAACUCUCCCUUCACGAACACUUCUUUGCAGUGGCUGCCUGGAGAGCCCAAUGACUCAGGCUUCUGUGCCUACCUGGAGAGAGCGCAGGUCUCGGGGCUCAGGGCAAAUCCCUGCAACGCCAACACAGACGGCCUCAUCUGUGAGAAAGCAGUCGAGAGCCGGAAUGCACGUCCGUGUAAGACACCCUGCUCGCUGCAUGUGACCUGUGAGAACUGCACCAGCCAGGCCACAGAGUGUAUGUGGUGUGGCAGCACCAAGCGCUGCGUGGACUCCAAUGCCUAUGUCAUCUCCUUCCCCUAUGGCCAGUGUCUGGAAUGGCAGACUGGAGACUGUGUGGCCCAGAACUGCUCUGGUUUUCGGACGUGCGGACAGUGUCUGGAGCAGCCCGACUGUGGUUGGUGUGGAGAUCCGACUAACACAGGCAAAGGGCAGUGUGUGGAGGGCUCGUACCGUGGCCCUAUGAAGAACCUGCCCAAACACAGCCAGGACAUGCUGCUGGAUACGACUCUCUGUCCCAAGGAACGAGGCUACGAGUGGGCCUUUAUCCAGUGCCCUGCCUGCCAGUGUAACGGCCACAGCACUUGUGUGAACGGGAGCGUGUGUGAGCAGUGUCGUAACCUCACCACCGGCCCGCACUGCGAAACCUGCAUGCCUGGUUAUCACGGAGACCCCACCAACGGAGGGAAGUGUCAAGCCUGUAAGUGUAAUGGCCAUGCCAAUGUGUGCCAAGUGCUGACUGGGAAGUGUUUCUGCACCACCAAGGGGAUUAAAGGAGACCAAUGUAACCUAUGUGAUUCCGAGAAUCGUUACCUUGGCAACCCUUUGAGAGGAACCUGUUACUACAACCUUUUGAUUGACUACCAGUUCACCUUCAGUCUGCUUCAAGAGGAUGACCACUAUUACACUGCCAUUAACUUCAUGGCCACUCCAGAACAGACUAAUAAAAAUUUGGACAUGUCCAUCAACGCGUCCAACAACUUCAACCUCAACAUCACUUGGUCAGUUGGAUCAACAGCAGGUACCAUCUCUGGAGAAGAAGUCCCCAUUGUGUCCAAGACCAACAUUAAAGAGCACAGGGACAGCUUCUCCUGUGAGAAGUUCAGCUUCCGCAGCAAUCCCAACAUCACCUUCUACGUCUACGUCAGCAACUUCUCUUGGCCUAUUAAAAUACAGAUUGCCUUCUCGCAGCACAACAGCAUCAUGGACCUGGUACAAUUCUUUGUGACAUUUUUCAGCUGUUUUCUCUCGCUGUUGCUGGUGGCUGCAGUGGUGUGGAAGAUCAAACAGACCUGCUGGGCCUCAAGACGGAGAGAGCAACUGAUGAGAGAAAGGCAACAAAUGGCAAGCCGUCCCUUUGCUUCCGUUGCCAUGGCACUGGAGGUGGAAUGUGAUCAGGUGGAGCUGCUACAAGGAGGAAUAGAGGCUCCUCCCAAACCUAUAGCCUUGGAGCCAUGUUCGGGAGGCAAAGCUGCAGUUCUGACAGUGCUCUUGUGCCUCCCAAGAGGACCAUCAGGGUUUCCACCUCCUGGACAGUCAGGUAUUGCUAUAGCUAGUGCGCUGAUUGACACCUCCCAGCAGAAGCCUAUGGAGUUUAAAGAGAAGAAUCCAGGCUUAAAGAACCGCAAAGCUCUGCCAACAGCUCACCAGGGCACGUGUGUGUGAGGCGCAUGCCCUCUGCAGCUGCCAUCUUACCUGGACUAUCCUUUUCCAAAGAGCUGUGCUUUGUUCCAGUGCUGCGGGUCACCGGCAACAUCUUUAUACACAGAGAGGCCCCCGGUGAUGGGGUUUUGCUAGGUAGCAGAGUGCUUUGUCCUCCUCUUCUUUAACACUACACCUGUAUCAAACACCUCCUGCACUCCAGCACAUGGAUCUCCUAGCACAUCUCACUAUUCCUUCAGCUGAUCAGCUGUAUUUCACUAGAAGUCAAGUCUGACAAAGCCUUUUCUAAAGUCUCUAAAUUCAGUCGUUUGAGUUUUAAGGCUCUAGUUGUGAGUGACCUUCUUAACCAGCUUCAUGGUCCACUGUAAUCUGUUUAAAAAAAAAAAAAAAUAUAUAUAUAUAUAUAUAUAUAUAUAUAUAUAUAUAUAUAUAUAUAUAUAUAUAUAAAAUAACGCCUGACUCCUCCCACUUACAGCAGUCAGACUGCCGUGCCUCUCAUCUGGUUCGUACUUUAUUAGUCAGUGAGAACAGAGGAAGUGUGUGAUGUACACUGCUUACCCAGAGAGCCUUUCACAGGUCACAUUAUAGACUUUUGAUGGUAUUGUAUAUGGGUGUAAACGCCUGUUUCUUUGCUUGCCAAGUAGACUCUGUGUUUGCUUAAAAAAAAAAAAAAAAAAAAAGCUUCUUAUUUACCAUUAAACGCAUUUGUAGUCAAUUCGGGCUUUUGUAUUUCAAAUCCAACAAGUUCUGUCAUACGUAGCACAGAAGAGCUGUUAGGUUUGUUUAAGCUAAUGAAGUUUUGCUGCUGGUUAUAUAUAAGAUCUGGGAGAAACUGAUCAUGUUUGACUAAAAUAACAUAUACUAUCAAAGUUUCUAUGUUUCAUCUGUCUGCUCUUCUUGCAUGACAUACACACUAGAUGCUUUAAAAGUUGUAAAAUCAGAAGAAGAGUCUUUAUUGAGUUAGCAUCUAAAACAAUGGUUGCGAGAACACAGCCAGUUACAGGCAUCACCAUGGAAACAGACGCUGACAGGAUGGACUCACAAGAAUGAGACGUAAUACAGGGACUCAAUUGUAUAGUAUUCUUAUUAUAUAACGUAAGAGAACAGGCGACUAGGGAAGCGUUUGUCUUCAUUUGUUUUGUUUUUGUUUGUUGUUUUUUCCUCCCCAGAAUGGCUUGGUACUGAUUGCAAACAUGAUCGUCUUGUGGCCUUGUGGUAAACAUUUCUUUGUAAUGGAUUGUUGGUCUCUUACGUUUCACAUAUUGUGAAUGCAGCAGAUGGACUCUGGUUAAGGACACUGUUGAGCCACUCGAGGCUUGCAGUGAAGGAAUUUAACUCCACAUGCUUCAUCCAGCUCUCACAGGAAUCCCACCAGGACAGGCUUUUCCACAGCCCAUGCACUUUCUCCCUCCAGCAGAAAGAGAGCCAUUAGCAAUAUUACCAAUACAGGAGCUGAGGAAGAACACAUGAGGAAGUGUGCAGCUCUCUUCCCCUCGUAUGUUUGUGUAACACACAAACAUGUCAAAUGUGAAUCACUUGCUUCUUCAUCUCGGUAUUCUAAUGGCUUUGUUCCCAUUUGCUUUUAUUAUUAUUUUUUCUUUCUGUUUUUAAUAAAGAACAUUAAAAGGUCACACAUUUCUUUUAGGUCAAUCCUUUAUACAAUACCCAUUGCAGUGGUGGUGAUGAUGAUGAAGAUGACGAUAAUAAUAAACCGUGUCUUUUACAAUGUUUGUGAAAAAGAAAUGUUAGAUUUGUUUUGAUAACUGAUUCUUGUGUAAUACCUCUGUUUUGUACUUUAGUCGUUGAAGUCCUGUAUCUAGCUUUAUUAACCAGUUUUUUCUUAUCGUGCUUACAGUUGCAGUUUAUUGCAGCUGUUCGAGGAGACUACUUUGGGCAUUUGUAGUUACUUUCGAAAGUCUUCUGUGAAUAUGAAUUCUAUUUUCAUCAGGUUUUUUAUUUUAUUUUUUAUUUUAAGCCUGCUUUUGAAUGCGAGUAGUUGUAUGCAGUAGGAGCACAAUGUACAGUCCCAUUACACAGGAAUCUCACUGUAAAGUGUCACAAAAUGUGGAAAUUGAAUGAAACACUCAUUCUACAGUGCAUAUCAUUCAUUUUCAGUGUAUUUUAAAGAUGGACUGAAAAAUAAAACACUUGAUUCAUAGGG